CCUCUGGUGCGACUCGGUUACUCUCUUCUUAGCGGUUCGGGCACUCCACGUGCCUCCAAUUGCGUUUGCCCUAACACAGUAUUGAAUUCGGAUCCAUACCCGGGUCCCAACCCAGCAGUUGCCCUACCGAACUCCAUAGCUGAGCAACACUCUCACUCACUCUAGAAUCUCCCCCUCUCUCUCUCACACACGAACACAGAACGGGAUACUGAAAACGUAGGAAUCCAAUUAUGGCUGAAGCUGACGGAGGAGGGGACGCGAGAGCACCUCUAAGCUCUUCCAUCCCUUCCGGCAAGGACACCGCCUGGUUUGACGUCUCGUCUCUCCUCCAUCGCGCCUCCAAAGACCUUCGAAAUGAUGAGCUUAUCACAGGGGACGAUUUCAAUUUGUUUGCUGCCAUGUCUGCUUUAGAGAUAAUGGACCCGAAGAUGGAUUCAGGUAUUGUAUCUACUUAUUAUUCCGUUGAUGAAGCCAUUGAGAAUGGUGCUGCUCCUAUUCCAUUGAGCAUUGAUAGAACAAGUGAUAUUCAAUGUGUUAUUGAUAUAAUGGAUCAUUUCCUUGCUUGUGAGGCAACAUGGCAUAAAGGAGGUUCAUUAGCGCAAACAGUGUUUUCUUGCAUCUACCUGUUGAGGCCUGAGAGAAUAUCAUCUCAUGCCCUGCUGCAUUCCUUCUGCAGUGUUAUACGUGCUACUUGUAGUGCUCUUGUUUCAGCUGUUUCAGAGGCACGCACAAAUGAAGUAAAGUACUUCAACGAAUCUUUGCUCGUUAUUUUCUGGAUUCUUCUGUGUGUUCAGCACUUUUACCAUGUAUUAACAUGCUUGAGGAAACCCCAAGGAAGAGGCUUGGAGUUGGCAAAGAAACAUAUUAUUUCCUGCUUAUCUGAGCUAGAUUCCAUGCUUAACACUGAAGAAUUUCUGAGGCACAACUCUGCAUGUGGAACUGUUGAGAAUGAAGAUGAGAAAACAACUGCCUCAGGUUGUCAACCAGUUGGUUUUGAUUCUACAUUAAACAGCAGGUCAGCAGCCCCAACUCCGCCCCGUGCAAUUAAACUACUAAGCUGGAAGAAGGCAGUCAAUUAUUUCCAGAAGCUUCUGCAUGAUCUGGAUGUUAUAUGUUCCUACCCUUUAGAUCCUGUUUUUGAAGGUGCCAUGCGCUUUGCGGUUGAUGUUCAGAAGUUUCAACCAGAUUUGGUGGCUAGAGCUCAUAUCCAGCUUCUGCUGGUACAAGAUGGGAAGCUUUAUGGACGUGAAUCUUUGUUUGCCGUCAUAUGCAAGGCUGCCCUAUUACCUGAAGGAGCAAAGAAUCAUGAUAUCCAGAAGAAUGAGAGUGUUCAACAACUAGGGCAGUUACUUGUCACUUUGUUCCGAGUCCUAUGUGCUAACACUGCAUGGCAGAGGCGUAAACUAGGGAAGAUCUUACAGGAUUGGAGAAUAAUAUAUGUCCAGCUUGAGUUAGCUUUUAGAAAGGAGUUCGGGGAGGCUGCAAGUACGACGGUUGAACAGGACUUGUUGUUAAGGGUCUGCAAACAUAUCCUUAUUUGGGUAGAGGAGCAAACAUAUUGGAUAGCUUUACGCUUCCUUAUGCUUGGUUUUGAAUUAGAUCUAUAUUCAACCGAUGAAUAUUGCAUGGUAUAUUGGUACAUUUAUAACUACCUGAUCAAGCUAGCCGAGAAAACUCAUCUCAAAAUAAUGCUGAGCAAUGAUUCUAGUCGACGAAAAUCGAAAAAGAAGAAGGAUUUUGUAAAGGAUGUUGGCAAAGACUAUCAAGUUCCACCUGUGGUCCAGUUAAUUCAGUGCUAUAUAUACGUUGCACAAGGUCUUAUGAUGAUGCUUGCUUCCUUACGGAACGAAAACAAGAUCUUCUUGUGCCAGGGUCCUUUCAACAGCGAGCAUGAGAGAUUUGUCCAGCACUUUGAGCUGUUGCAGAAGGCUUGCCUUCCUGAUCAUGCAUCCUUCUUUUCCUUCAGUGAGACUGUAGCUAAUAUUCGUUUUUCUACCGUAUCCAUGCAUAACUGCUUCAAAGAUGCACAAAAAAUUGCUAAGGAUCUGCGCGGUGGUUUUGCCAAUGAUCCAGACAGACUGGCUGAGCUUCGCCAGAUAGAACAGGUAGCUGAACAUAACCAUGUUGCUCUAAACCUUCUCUGCCGGUUAGGAAGUCUUGAACCAUCGCUCAAAAUUUCCUUCGAUUUUAUUCACCAUCCACAUUUUGCCACAGCUUCUGUGAAGAGGUCUUGAUGACCUAAAAAAUUUUGAUACUAAUCACCACCCACAUUUUGAGCCUAUUAUUUUUUGGACCUUCACCCCAAAAAUUGAAGAUAAGAAUUGUACUAUUAUUAGAAGGUGGAAGUUAUUAAAUGAAUAUACAGCAACCAUAGUUUAGAAGCUUCUCUUGCUAGCAAUUUUGUGAUAUUGGAGUUUGUUUAUAAGAGAACAUAUACUCGGAAAAGUCUUGUAUCUUGCUUUUCUUGAUUGCAGUUUCUAUCCAGAAAGUUUUUAUAUU